AUGCGCGACCUGCAUGCCGACAAUAUCUCGCGACUUGUACGCAUUCCAGGGAUUGUCAUUAGCACGUCUGUGCCGUCGUCGCGCGUGACUCGACUGCAUCUCAUGUGUCGCGAUUGCCGCGCUGUCAAAACGCUGAAUGUAUCGUCCGGAUUUGGUGGAUUCGUUCUUCCACGUCAGUGCGAUGCGCCAAAAGUGGACCCGAGUCUUCGAUGCAGUGUGGAUCCGUUUGUGAUCCUGCACGAGCGCUGCUCGUUUGUCGAUGCACAGACGCUCAAGCUGCAAGAGGCGCCUGAUAUGGUCCCUGUCGGUGAGCUUCCGCGGCACAUGCUCUUGUCGGUGGACCGCGCAUUGUGCGGCAAGGUUGUGCCAGGUGCCAAUAUCAUAGCGACGGGCAUCUUUUCGACGUUUGCCAGCAGUCGCGGUGGGUCGACACCGAAUGCUGUGGCUCUGCGCACGCCAUACCUUCGUGUGGCCGGCCUGGAAAUCGAUACAGGUGGUGUUGGCGGGCGUGGGACGCCGCGUGUGUUUACUGCCGAAGAAGAGGAAGAGUUUGGGCGCAUGGCUAAGACACCUGACUUGUACGAGAAGUUUGCCGCGAGUAUUGCGCCGAGCAUCUUUGGUAGCACCGACAUCAAGAAGGCUAUCACAUGUUUGCUAUUCGGCGGCUCGAAGCGUGUGCUGCCGGAUGGGAUGCGUCUGCGUGGCGAUAUUAACGUGCUUCUUCUUGGCGAUCCUGGUACCGCCAAGAGUCAACUGCUGAAGUUUGCUGAGAAGGUCGCACCUGUUGCCGUAUACACGAGCGGGAAAGGCAGCAGUGCAGCAGGUCUGACUGCGUCGGUGCAGCGCGAUGCCAACUCGCGCGAGUUUUACCUAGAAGGUGGUGCUAUGGUGCUGGCCGACAGUGGAGUCGUCUGUAUUGAUGAGUUUGACAAGAUGCGCGACGAGGACCGCGUUGCAAUCCAUGAGGCAAUGGAGCAGCAGACGAUCUCUAUUGCAAAGGCUGGCAUAACGACCGUGCUCAACUGCCGAACGUCUGUGCUGGCGGCUGCGAAUCCCGUGUGGGGCCGUUAUGACGAUCUCAAGUCGCCCGGCGAGAACAUUGACUUCCAGACCACGAUUCUCAGCAGGUUUGACAUGAUCUUUAUCGUGAAGGACGAGCACAACGAGUCGCGCGAUCGCACGAUUGCCAAGCAUGUGCUAGGCAUCCACAUGCAUGGUGCGUCGGAGCAAGCGGAUGCUGAGGGAGAAUUUGACCUCCAGCGGAUGAAGCGGUACAUUGCGUUUUGCCGCGCACGUUGUGCUCCUGUGCUUACGGCACAAGCUGCCGAAAAGCUGUCGAGUCAUUUCGUUGCGAUCCGCAAGCAAGUGGCUCAGAUGGAGCGCGAUCAUGACGAGCGCUCGGCCAUUGCAAUUACCGUGCGUCAGCUUGAAGCGAUCAUCCGCAUGAGCGAGAGCAUCGCCAAAGUCACACUGAGUCCGUAUGCAACAGAGGAGCACGUCGACGAGGCGAUCCGGCUCUUCCGUUUCAGUACAUUGAAUGCUGUGGAGAGUGGCAAUGUGGAAGGCAUGACGCGCGGCGAGCUACAAGAAGAAGUGCAGAAGCUUGAGCGCGAGAUCCGCCGACGCAUCCCGAUCGGCUGGACCUCUUCGCAUGCUGCUUUGCGAAAAGAGUUUGUCGAUGCACAAGGCUACUCACUGCAUGCACUGGAACGUGCUCUCUACAUUCUCGAGAAACGCGACGUACUGCGCUUUUCCAACCAACGCAAAACAUUGACUCGCACAGGUGUGUAG